UCUCAAUAGACUUGAGAAGGCAUAUCAGUUAAAUUUCCUCGCUUUUAACCUGCCCUACUUCAACUUCUUCUUCCAUCGCCAUCUUCUAUCUUCCAUCGCGCCAAAACCAACAGAAACAAACCAAAACUCAUUACAGUUUCGAAGUAAUGAACUGAACAAAACGAAAGGAAAAAACAAAGCGAAGGCGAAGUUCGUGAGCAAGACUGUGUGAAGAGGUGAGGACGAAGAAGAAACAGAUCCCCUCCUCCUGGACGUCGUCUGCGCUUCUCUCAUUUGUCUUCUCCGUACUGUAUCUCCUCCUCCUGAAUCUCCCGACCAGAGAAUGAUGUUAAAGCAGUAUCUGAAGCUGUUGGCUUAAGUUAAUCUAUUAUCAGAUACAUUAAAAGAAAACCAUCAUGGCUUCUUCCCUAACAAAGCGACUUGAGACCUUAAACCCAUGGCUCCAGUUGGCUGCCCACCAACUACGGUUUGCAAGAACUGAGUCUAGCCCAUCACGGCGCAGGUCCAAGUCCCAUUCCUUUGCCAUGACCAAGCCCAUCAAAGAGAAAUCAGAGUGGUGGAUAGUAGAUGGAGAAAUGCAUGAAAUCGGAGAUCAUGUGCCUCCACGUGAGCGAUUUGUUAUCCCCAGAGAUAACAUCCCUAAUAAGCGCCGCAAACAGCUCCGCGAACAGUUUAUGCGUCGCACGCGCCUUGUCCUCAAAGAAUCAGAGCAUGAACCAUUUUGCAAAAGGUACAUGGAAUUGUAUCAGGAGUUAAGGGAGAACUGGGAGAGGCUUUAUUGGGACGAGGGUUACUCCAAGAAACUUGCUCAAGAUCAUGCCAACUAUGACUCCGCUGAAGAUGAUGAUCAAGAUUUUAACCCAUACAGGAGCAGCAGGAGAUCGCAUGCCGACCAAGUGAAGGAUCAAGGUUUACGGGGAAAUAGGCAAGGUGACACCUGGGAGAAGGUCAAUCAAAUUCGGGAUAAGUUUGAAUACGAUAGAGAAAGAAGAAUGAGAGAGAAAGCAUUUGCUCCUAUGAAUGGGGGAUGCAUUUCGGACUCACGCGAUUCAAACUCCCGAAACCAGCCAUUUGAUGCUCGAAGAUACUUUCCACAGACUGAAAGGGACUGACAAAAGUAUAGCAAAGAUUUAUGUUUAGGAUCUCUUUAACGAGGGGACCUUGAGACUGUAAAUUGUGGGCUGAUAUCUGCAGGAACAUUAAGAAAUCCUGUUGCUAGCUAACUGUGGAAUGUGAUUGAUCGUUUUUCAAGCCAAGCAGGAUGAUUAGAGAAUGUCUCCAUUACUUGGAACUUGAUAAACACAAAAAAUUUAUGUUUAAAUUUAUUGUCAAAUUUGUAAUCAUGAAAUAGCUAUCUUGUGAAUAGUUUCUAUGAGAUCUUUGUUAAACCAUCGAAAUUAUGAAUGAAGGGUGAUUCUACAGUGAAGCUGAGAUGCUUAAAAAUAAAGGGCAGUGAACCG